AUGUCGGCACCACCUCAGGAACCGCCGCAACAGCAGCAGCCACCGCAGCAAGAGGGCCAACCACAACCCGGUCAACCACAGAUCAACCUGAUGCCUGCAGGACUCCAACCCGGCCAGCAACCCACUCCUGAGCAGAUCCAAGCUAUGCAGCGUCAACUGGCCAUUGAGGCGCAAAAGAAUGGCAUGACUGUCCCACAAUACGUCGAGCAGCUCAAGGCUCAGGCCAUGCGCCAACACAUGAUGCAACAGCAGCAAAUGCGCCAGCAACAAAUGCAACAACAGCAAAUGCAACAACAGCAAAUGCAGCAACAACAACAGCAGCAGCAGCCCAUCACCCCUGGCCCUCCCAAACCCGAGGCUAUUGCUGUUGCCAACUUCCUUCAAAGCCAGGAUCUUAAGGUCCGUACUUGCGUCUUCCAGGAGAAGCGCAAGGAUAUGUUCAAAGUCAAACGUGCAAUCCGUGCUCUCGAAUCGCCCGCCUACGAAAAAGCCCGCGCGAAGAACCCCCUCCUCCCUCCCGUUACCGACCGCGCAAGUGCCGAAAACACAUUCAAGCUGCUUCCUCUAUCGCUCCUUGCUCUUCGCGUGUCAAAGGUCGAACAGCCAGCCGAGCAAAAGAAGAAGCGUGUCAAGGGUCUCUGGACCGUCAAGGUGGAGCAGCAGCAAGAGGCGCGUGAUGAGUUCCACUACGUCUGGUUGUACGAGGGUGCUCAGUGGAAGACUAAGCUCUACGCCGUUGGUGCACUCGCUCUAAUUCUCGCCAUCGUCUUCUUCCCCGUCUGGCCCUAUAAGUUGCGCAUCGGCGUGUGGUACCUCUCAAUGGGCUGCUUGGGUCUGCUGGGUCUCUUCUUCGCCAUGGCCAUCUUCAGAUUGAUUCUCUUCCUCGUCACCAUGUUCACCGUACCUCCUGGUCUCUGGCUAUACCCCAAUCUCUUCGAGGACGUAGGCUUCUUCGACUCGUUCCGCCCAGUUUGGGGCUGGCAGGAGACUGCAGAUGACAAGAAGGCAAAGAAGGAGCAGAAGAAGGCAAAGAGAGAGGCUAAGCGCCUGGCGAAGGCAGGUGGUGAGAAGAUUGCUGAAAUGGGCGAGCGAGUACAAGAAAUUCUCGACGACGGCCACGGUCAUGACGGACACGUUCACAAGGAGGACAUCUCAGCUCCCAUUAUGCAGCCUGCUGCCGAGGGUACAAGCACAUCAGGGGCACAAGUUGCAGAAGGUCAGGCCAAGCAGCGAAUCAUGGCCGCUAGCGUUGAGGAGGCCGAGGACGAGUAA